AUGAAUCCUCGAGUUUUCGAUUUUGCAGCAAAUGAUGAUAAUAUCUCUCCAAUAUAUGGUUAUUUGGAUUCUCCUUUGUUAACACUCGAAGACGCUGUAAAACCAAUAAGUUCACAAAUUCCAUUCCUAAACGCCAGCGUAACCUAUGCUCUCGAUAAAUGUCGAUUUCCCUCUGACGGUCUCACUCAAAAUCAAUCUGCAUCUAUAUAUCUUUAUACGAUGGAAGAUCCGAAAAUAUAUCAGCGUUUAAACCGUGCGAUUCAAGACAAGAAUCGAUCGAAGUUAAAACCAUGGUUUCCUUAUAUGAAGUUAUUUCAUACGGCUUUGGAACGUUUACCGUCAACGUCAACAAUGGUUGCUCGCGGAGUCAACCAAAAUUUGACAGCCGAUGUGAAUCUCUACAAACCAGGCAAAACAUUCUACUGGUGGCGUAUCACUUCGUGCAGUACCGCCCUCGAUGUUGCUCUGCGUUUUGCAGAGACAACCGAAACACAAAGAACAUUUUUCAUAAUCAAAUGUACCAACGGCAAGAAGGUAGCAAACCACUCCUCGUUUCCUGACGAAGCCGAAAUUAUUCUUAUGCCUGGAACAUUUCUACAAGUUACUGCUGGUCCUAUUUUACAAGACAACGGUAGCAUGUACAUAAUUCAUCUUCAAGAGAGUUCUUCUAAAGCGUUAAAAUCUCCAUCACCACAUUUACCGUCUGUAUUCCUCACUACCAGUGUGUCCUUGUCCAAAGUAAAGAGCACAGCGUCACCAGUUCAACAAUCCCAGCCAAUAAAACUUCCAUCUAUUAAAUCAUCGAUUGCCUCAGCAGCAUCAGCGAACUCCAGUACACAAAAAGUGACACAAACGUAUUCAAAUGGAAACACUUAUUCAGGUGAGAUGUUAAAUGGAACACAGCACGGUCGUGGUGUGUAUACUUGGAUCAGUGGUGAUCAGUAUGAUGGAGAGUGGAAAGAGGGUGUUCGUACUGGGUACGGAAUCUAUAAGUGGCCUAGUGGUGACGUUUACAAAGGAAAUUGGGUUCAAGGAAAUAUGGAAGGAAAAGGAAAAAAGACCUAUGCCGGUGGUGGUUACUAUGACGGUAACUGGAAAAAUGACUCGUUUAAUGGAUAUGGUGUUCGAAAGUGGGCUAGUGGAUACAAGUACAAAGGGAAUUGGUUAGAUAGUGAAAGACAUGGUCAUGGAUCGCAGACUUUUGACAAUGGGACAUACACUGGUGACUGGGUGAAGGGUAAUCGAGUGGGACAUGGUACUUACACAUGGAAGAGUGGAGAUGUAUAUGAUGGAGAGUGGAAAGAUGAUGUUCGUACUGGGUACGGAAUCUAUAAGUGGCCUAGUGGUGAUGUUUACAAAGGAAAUUGGGUUCAAGGAAAUAUGGAAGGAAAAGGGAAAAAGACCUAUGCCGAUGGUGGUUACUAUGACGGUAACUGGAAAAAUGACUCGUUUAAUGGAUAUGGUGUUCGAAAGUGGGCUAGUGGAUACGAGUACAAAGGGAAUUGGUUAGAUAGUGAAAGACAUGGUCAUGGGUCGCAGACUUUUGACAAUGGGACAUACACUGGUGACUGGGUGAAGGGUAAUCGAACAGGACACGGAGUUUACAAAUGGAAAACUGGUGUUUAUUUUGACGGACAAUGGAUGGAAAAUAAGAUACAUGGCACAGGUAAAAAGUACGAUACUGAUGGAGCUAUUGAGCAGCAAGUAUGGGAAGACGAUCGUUUGAUUUCAUCAAUUACUUUAAGAAAAUAA